AAUGUAACAUGUAUGUAUAUAACAUGUAAUAGGAUAGGAAAGCUUCGCUCACCGAGCCACACGAAGAACUGGACACAAAAUCAAAAGCCAAAAACCAAAAGAAAGGGAGGGGGCACUCUAGACGACGGAAUAGAUACAAUAUGGACAGACUACUUAUUGUUUAAAAAAAAAAAAUGCUUUUUUCUUCAUUAAAAUGUAUGGUCGACUUUAUUUAUUUUAUUUUUUUUUUUUUGGCAUGUGUGGAGUCGAUGAAGGACGCGGACAAAGACAAAAAAAUUGGGCUAAGGAUAGCCUCGGGGAUGGAGAUAUCCAAGUAAAGCGAGUGAGACUAAUGUUUAGAUGUUUUUGUUUUUGUUUUUGUUUUUUUUGUGUCGAUACAAGGCGAAUGUGUAUUGUUUAUUUAUGCCUAAAUAGUUCAAUCAAUAUGCCGUUUGGUCAAUUUCGGUACUUUUAUGGUCUGGUGGGCUGGAGAAUGGAUUCAAAAAGAGGGGGGGAGAUGAACGAAAGAAACAAACCCGUUUUUGGUUGCACAGACAUGAUUGAACUACAGUCCUGUACACUCCCAUUGUUUAUUCCCACAAGGACAAGGACAAGGACAAGGACAAAGACAAGAAGAAGGAAAGACGAACAGAGCAUGGGUCUGAAGCACAUGCUUAGAAAGGAUACUCUUUAUCAAAGAUAAAGGGUUGCUUCUUUGGUGAUGUUUGUUAUACACAAAUGUGAUUUUGUAGGCUAGAUUGUAAUUAGAUAAUGACCGAGAUCAAAACGGCUGAAAAGAACUGGGCCAAUG